AUGUCUUUAGAUUACGCUACAGAGAAGAAGUUACGACCUCUUUAUGACGCUCUUGAUGAAGGUCAAAAUAGAAUGGCCCUUCAACAUUGUGCUAAAUUGUUGAAAAAGACUCCCGAUUGGCCUUUGGUCAAGGCACUGAAAGCCCUUGUGUAUGUUCGCACUGGCAAGGAAGAAGAAGCUUUAGAGUUAUGUAACCAAAUAAAAAAAGCCAUUCCUACCGACGAGGCAACUUUACAAGCCGUCACCAUGUCUUUGAAAGAACUUGGAAAGCAUUCCGUUAUUGUUGAAUUAUACGAAAACGCAGCCAAUUUACAACCCAAGAAUGAAGAAUUCGGUAAUCAUUGGUUUAUGGCCAUGGUCCGAAACAACGAUUUCAAAGGACAACAAGCUGCAGCUGUCAAAUUACAUCGAGUAUUCAAGCAAAACAAAUAUCUGUUUUGGGCCAUUAUGUCGCUAGCCCUUCAGGGACAAAGUGGAAACAAGUUGUCAUAUGUAUUAGCUGAACGCAUGAUGGCAAAGGCAUUGGAAGAAAAGCGUUUAGAAGAAGUGGAGCACAUGCGUCUUUAUCUGCUUAUCUUAUUGGAUCAAAACAAGAAUGAAGAAGCCCUUUCUUUACUCUUAGACAGCUCACUUGGUCAAACUUCGCUUCGUGAUCCCGAGGUACGUCAAAUCAAGUCAGAAUUACUUCGUGAAAACAAGCGUUGGGAAAGUGUCAUUGAGAUGAGCCAAGAUGCUUUGGAAAAGGAAAAUGCCGAUGAUUGGUUUCAGUGGCUCGCUUACUUCGAUGCCGUGGAUGCCUUAAUUUUGGAUGAAACAAAGGCUGUCGAUACAAUUGAAGGCGCUUACCGAUUAAUAGAAAACUCCAAAAAAGCUGUUUUAGAGGGCAACUUGUUAAAGAGAGGUCCAUUUUUGGCAGAACUUGAUUUAAAUUAUAGAUUACAAAAGGUUGGAAGAAAAGAUGAAGAGAUUGUUUUGAAAAACCUUGUAUGUUACUUUGGUCGUUUUGGCAGUAAAAAUUGUGCUUUUGAGGAUCUUCAGUCUUACAUUGUGUUUUUAAGAUCGGAUGCAAGCAAAUCCAAGAAAUUUAUUGAUGAUCUCAAAAACACGAUUCAACCUGCUACAGACAAAAAUGCAACUGUCAAAAACGUCUACAAGAACGUCAAUAUUAGAAAGUUAGAAAGAUUCUUGGGUCUUCAUCCUCAAUCCGAAAUCAAACAGGGUCUUGCCAUCGUCAAUGAAUUGUGGGCGGAAUACCAAGACGCACUUCCUCUUGGUGAGGGAUUAGAAAAAACUGAAAUGCAAUAUGGUGAUGAAUUCGUUAUAUUGGCCAGCCAUAUUCUUUUAGAUCUCUACACUGAACAUAAACAAGCUGCAUUCUUGAUUCAAGCGAUCUCUCUUUUAGAAAUUGCUUUAGUCAAAAGUAUUCACAACUUUCAAAUCAAACUAAUCUUGGUUCGCAUGUACACAAUGAUUGGUAAGGGUUUUUAA